AUGGUACUUUGGCUUUUUACCUUUGUACCUAGCAGAAAGAGGUAGCCAAGCAUAAAACACAUCAUUUCUGCUGACCAAGAUCGGCAGCAGGAUACAAGGAAAGAGACAAUGUCUUCCGAAACAACCCAACAGGAAAGUCAGACAUCUCCACUGGAGCAAACUGGAUGGCCAAUGUUCUAUUGUCCCAUCUCAAAAAUUCACAACUCUGAAGAAAUUGUAAGGAUCCGUGAAGAAUGCAAAAAGGAAAGUUUCUGGUACAGAGCUCUUCCUUUGUCUCUUGGGAGCAUGCUUGUCACCCAGGGACUAGUCUCAAAAGGUAUUUUGCCAGCAACCCCAAGAUUUGGUGCAUUACCUAAGAUGGCAAUUGCUGGUGUCUUAGGUUUUGCCAUUGGAAAGAUGUCAUACAUAGGAGAAUGCCAAAAAAAGUUCCAGAAAAUUGGUAUUGUACCAUUUGGUCCACAACAAAAAAGGCAUUGUCAUCAUACUAGCAAAGAAUAUGAGGCAAAACUGCAAUCGAAUGAGAAAGAAGGUUCAAUUCCUUCAGCAUCUUAGACCCAGAUGUAGUGAAGAUGAUAAAGAUCUUACGGAUCAGCAUCUUCUUUCAUGACUUUAUUCUGUAGAGAAGAAUCAAUGUCUUCGGUGUGGUGUAAAUUGCCUUAUUUGAAGCAGUUGCAUAAUGUUAUGUAGUUCUGUUCAUAAUAAAUGCCAGUUUCUUGUUAUGCA